AUGCUGUCGUGGUCAGAAGAUAUAGGAUCCGCGUACUCCUAUUUGUUUGAAGUUGUUUAUCCAAGGGCAAAGCUGGUUGUUAGUGAGUUUGAUGAUCGGUCGCCUUCCCAGUCACCAGGAUGCAGUUCAGAGCUUUUGCACAAGAGCAGUGUUGAAGAAUUAACAGAUAAGCACUCGAGAGCCUUAGAACUUCAUUCUGCUUUCGAAGCCCCCAUUGCGGAAGUUGAGACGAAGUUACAAGAAGCCAUUGAAACAUUCAGUCAGAGAGAUUUGGAAGCUAAUGGAUUUUCUACAAUUGUUGAACAACUUCAGGCUGCAAAAAGGACUAUUGAAGAUUUAAUGCAGCAGCAUUCUUCUCAAGGGCAGAAACUACAAUCCCAGAUAUCUUCGCUUACCGAUGAGAACAACCUGCUUAAUGAAGUGCAUCAGAAUACUAAGAAGGAACUCCAGCUAGCGAUAUCUAACCUUGAAGAACAGCUCAAGGAACAAAAGACUUUACCCACUAAUGAUUCAAAGCCUUUGCGCAAGAGCAGUGUUGAAGAAUUAACAGAUAAGCACUCGAGAGCCUUAGAACUUCAUUCUGCUUUCAAAGCCCGCAUUGUGGAAGCUGAGACGAAGUUGCAAGAAGCCAUUGAAACAUUCAGUCAGAGAGAUUUGGAAGCUAAUGGCAUUUCUAUAAUUGUGCGCGAGGUCCUGCUCCAGCGAGAGAUAUCUGAACUUAAAGAACAGCUCAAUGAACAAAGAGCACGAGAAGCUGCUUUAAUAUCUGAGGUUCAAAUUCUCAAGGAUGAGGUUGCUGAGAAACCUUUAUUGCAGAAUUCUCUCAAGGAACUGCAAACCAAGUCAGCUCGCUUUGAAGAAGAGAGAAGAAAACUAGCUGAGGCAAAUAUAAAGUUUAAAGAAGAUGUGUCUACAUGCAAGUACAAACAAUGUGACCUUGAAGCAAAAUAUUCCACUGCCGUUGCUGAGAAGCACAAAUCAGUUGAACAACUUCAGGCUGCAAAAAGGACUAUUGAAGAUUUAACGCAGCAGCAUUCUUCUCAAGGGCAGAAACUACAAUCUCAGAUAUCUUCGCUUAUGGAUGAGAACCGUCUGCUUAAUGAAGUGCAUCAAAAUACUAAGCAGGAACUCCAGCAAGUGAUAUCCAACCUUGAAGAAAAGCUCAAGGAACAAAAAGCAGGAGAAGCUGCUUUAAAAUCUGAGGUUAAAUAUCUCAAGGCUGAGGCUGCUGAGAAACCUUUAUUGCAGAAUUCUCUCAAGGAACUGCAAACCAAGUUAGCUCAUUGUGAAGAAGAGAGCAGAAAACUAGUUGAGGCAAAUAAAAAGCUUAAAGAAGAUGUGUCUACGUACGAGUCCAAACAAAGUGACCUUGAAGCAAAAUAUUCCACUGCCAUUGCUAAGAAUGACAAAUCAGUUGAACAACUUCAGGCUGCAAAAAAGACUAUUGAAGAUUUAACGCAACAACAUUCUUCUGAAGGGCAGAAACUACAAUCUCAGAUAUCUUCGCUUAUGGAUGAGAACCGCCUGCUUAAUGAAGUGCAUCAAAAUACUAAGAAGGAACUUCAGCAAGUUAAAAAUCUCAAGGCUGAGGCUGCUGAGAAACCUUUAUUGCAGAAUUCUCUCAAGGAACUGCAAACCAAGUUAGCUCGCUGUGAAGAAGAUAGCAGAAAACUAGCUAAGGCAAAUAAAAAGCUUAAAGAAGAUGUGUCUACAUACAAGUCCAAACAACGUGACCUUGAAGCAAAAUAUUCCAGUGCUAUUGCUGAGAAGGAUGAAUCAGUUGAAAAACUUCAGGCUGCAAAAAGGACUAUUGAAGAUUUAAUGCAGCAGCAUUCUUCUCAAAGGCAGAAACUACAAUCUCAGAUAUCUUCGCUUACCGAUGAGAACAACCUGCUUAAUGAAGUGCAUCAAAAUACUAAGAAGGAACUCCAGCUAGCGAUAUCUAACCUUGAAGAACAACUCAAGGAACAAAAAACAGGAGAAGCUGCUUUAAAAUCUGAGGUUGAAAAUCUCAAGGCUGAGGCUGCUGGGAAGCCUUUAUUGCAGAAUUCUCUCAAGGAACUGCAAACCAAGUCAGCUCACUUUGAAGAAGAGAGCAGAAAGCUAGCUGAUGCAAAUAUAAAGCUUAAAGAAGAUGUGUCUACAUACGAGUCCAAGCAAAGUGACCUUGAAGCAAAAUAUUCCACUGCUGUUGCUGAGAAUGAUGAAUCAGUUGAACAACUUCAGGCUGCAAAAAGGACAAUUGAAGAUUUAAAGGAGCAGCAUUCUUCUCAAGGGCAGAAACUACAAUCUCAGCUACAUCUAUUUGCCACAGAUAUCUUCGCUUACGGAUGA